AGGCGGUAAGCUCAGAGUGAAGAGUCACAGAGCACAAGUGUCAAAGACAGUAACUUCAGCACAGACAUGAAUCAAGUUUUCAACGUUGAGCGUUGCGACCUGAAUAUUAAGACCAACAACAGCAGCCAUCACACGGAGCUGUUUGGAGGUGAACGCUUGAUCGUCAGGAGGGGACAGCCCUUCAGCAUCACCUUACACCUGUCGUCAGCCAGCAAAGACAUCAACGUGACUGACAGCAGCCUUACAUUUAUAGUUGAAACUGGUCCACUACCCAGAAAGGAAUCUGACACAAAAGUUAUCUUCCAUUUACAAGAGUCCACCGUGGAGACUGAGUGGAGCGCAUCAGCCACCAGGGAUCCAUCUGGAAACACACUAACUGUUUCUAUCACCUCUUCUCCAAACGCCCCCAUAGGGGUGUAUUCUCUCACUGUAGACCAGUCAGGUCAGAAGAUAAGUUUAGGAAACUUCAUUCUACUUUUCAACGCUUGGUGCACACGAGACACUGUUUAUUUGAAAUCCGAGUCAAAAAGGCUGGAGUACGUCCUCUCACAGCACGGGCAGAUCUUCAGAGGAACAUAUAAAAGAAUCAAAGGAACACCCUGGAACUUUGGACAGUUUGAACCUGGAGUAUUGGACAUCAGUCUGAAGAUCCUCGAUGACAAUCCCAAAUUUGUGUCUGAUGCAGACAAAGAUAUUUCCUCCAGGAGAGAUCCCGUCUAUGUCACAAGGGUGCUGAGCGCCAUGAUCAACAGCAAUGAUGACAGGGGUGUGCUGGUCGGAGAAUGGGAGGAGUUUUCAGGUGGUACUCAUCCUGCACUGUGGACGGGCAGCAGGGAGAUUUUGCAGCAGUGGGCAAAAAGUGGUCCAGUCCGCUACGGCCAGUGUUGGGUGUUUGCAUCUGUUGCAUGCACAGUGUGCCGUGCAUUUGGUAUCCCAUGUAGAGUUGUCACUAACUUUGGAUCAGCUCAUGACACCAACGCCAACCUGGUGAUUGAGAACCUUUAUGACGAAAAUGGGGAAAGAAUUUAUGGAGAGGAUUCAGUUUGGAACUUCCAUGUUUGGGUGGAUUGCUGGAUGAGCCGUCCAGACUUAGGGAAAGAGUUUGACGGGUGGCAAGCUUGUGAUCCCACUCCACAGGAGACGAGCGAUGGUGUUUUUUGUUGUGGACCGGCUUCACUGAGAGCAGUCAAGGAAGGAGAGAUGACGAUGAAGUAUGACACACCUUUUGUCUUUGCAGAGGUCAAUGCAGAUGUUGUGGACAUGGUGCGCCUGAGCACAGGAGACUUUGUUAAGUUCGGUGGAUCCACAACGUCUGUGGGACGUUUCAUCAGCACUAAAGCCGUGGGCUCGAGCGACAGACACGACAUCACGCAUCAGUACAAGUUUGCAGAAGGUUCAGAAGAAGAGAGGCGGGUUUACGAGAGGGCCCAACAUCACAACAAGCUACAGAAGAGAGGAGAAGAGCCAGGGCUUCAUCUCAAGAUAAAGUUGGCUGACAACAUGCUUGUGGGCUCCAGCUUUGAGGUGUACGCCAUCCUCAAAAACAACUGCAUGGCGGCGAGGACCUGCACAUUCCUCUUCUUUGCCAGAGCUGUCGGCUACAACGGGAAAUUAGGAGACAGCUGUGGGUUUUCAUCUGAUAAAGUGGAGGUGCCUUCUGGAGAAGAGAAGCGUCUUUACCUCAAACUGGAUUAUAACAUCUACAGAUCAGCGAUCACCUCCGACAGACUGAUCCAACUGUCAGCUCUGACAGUCGACAAGGAAACCAUGGAUUAUCGAAAGGCUGAGAAGACCAUUGUGCUGGAUGAACCGGACAUUCACAUCAAACUGGUGGGUGAAGCCACAGUGAACCAGCCUGUGAUGGCAGAGCUGAUCCUGUUGAACCCUCUGCCAGAACCUCUGCAGGACUGCAGCUUCACCCUCGAGGGCAUCGGCCUCACCGGAGACAAACCCCAAACAGCAAAAGUUGGGACUGUGGGCUCCAAACAAGAAGCCACGGCUCGUGUUGAGCUGAAACCUUCGGUUGCUGGUUCCACCGUGCUCCUGGUGAACUUUGACAGUGACAAGCUCAAGAACAUUAAGAGUUUCAUUAAUGUUGUGGUGAAGGAAUGAACACGUCAGCUUUUGCUGCUGUGGCUUGAAUAAAAGAGUAAUUUUUGGAAAUAAUAGGUGGCUAACUUUGGCUAUAUGACUGUUUGAACUCCAAGCUUGGACGUGCAGUGAAUGUUAUGUAAUAAGCCGGAGAUGCAACAUAAAUGAAGUUCCAUGCACUGAUAAUUGCAGU